AGCUCCAGCUGGGAAUGGGCAAGAUGGUUGCUCUUCAUCCUCUUUGUCAUAUUGAUCAUUUUCUUGUUUUUCGGCACAAGAAGAGUCAACAGAUUCAGAAUUAAAAAGGGCCAGACUCCUAUAAGAGGGACUGCCUGGAUAACUCCUCCUUCCUACUACCAGUCUCAGGCACAGUACAACCAGCCUGCCAACGGUACUGGAGCCUACGUGCCACCAUACACUGCUGAUGUUAACCCAAAUGAUGCUGGCUACUACGAUAAUACUGGUGUCUUCCAUCCCAAUGACGAAAAC